CCGGGUCGAUCCCGGAUGUGGAACUCUCCCCAGGGCUGACCAAAUAUGUACAAAGAAAUGCCCGCAUUCAGAGCAUUCAAGCAUGUGCUGCGAGUCACCCAUCGUGUGUCUGCGUCGCGGGGCCGCGUGACGUACAGGGCUGUACCUGUGCCGACGGUAGUGGCAUGGCUGCGCAUGGCUGGCAUGGCUGCUGGCACGAAUGGCAGUGGCCAGACCGUUGAAACUUGUCAAAGACAGUCAUCAGUCAUCGGCGAACCCGCUGUUGUGGCAUUUCCAUACCAACCAGAGAGUACCAUUUGGAAACUCGCCACCCUGUUGAUUCAUCGCCCUUUGCCGUCAGAGGCCAGUCUUUUGACUUCGCCUGCGACUCAUCCACCGCCUGGCUCAUCUCCUACUGCCUCGUCUCUGCUGGCACUGGCUCCAGGAAUCUCGGCAGUAUCGUUUGGGUAUCGUUUGGUGGUGCUCAAUUUCGUCAUUGCUGCUCAUCCCGGUCUAUCUCGUCGCUGUGAUACGUCGUGCCUGUCUAGUGGCUUGCCCGGAUCGCGCCCCGGCAGGGUUCCAUCCAUGAUCCAUCCCACCAAACAUUCCACUUUUUGGGGCUGGCUUUCACCAAAACUGAGUUGGACCGGUCGCCGCGAAGCCAGGGCUCUCACUAAAAUCACCUAGCAUGCGCUGUGACUCUUGAGACUCAGCGCUCUCGGGGCUGUGGAGGCCACGCCGCUCGCCCUUGAUUCGUUGCGUGAUUUGGAGGUUCCAGUUGCCUUUUUACGCUGCAACAGGGCUGGUGUCUGAAUUUUCCUCGGGCAUUUGCUGGGCUGGUCGGAUUGGGUACC